AAUAAUAAAAAAAACGAAGGCUUUGUGGUUCCCCGGACGAACUUAUCUGUGAUCGUUCAGGCUGAUUCAACUGAAAGGACACUUCCUUUUCCCUUUCCUUUCUCUUUCCAUCCCUUUCAGCUCUGUUUCUUUAUCCAAGGGAGGCACCAAAAUAUUAAUUAGUAUUUCUUCUUCUUCCUGCUCCUCUCAUUUUUCCUCUCAGUAUUUCUGCUUCUUACCGCCAUGCAGAGGUCCCACCCAUGGAUUUUAGUUUUACCGCCUCCAGUCCCAGGACUAAAUCGUAUUUCUCCUCCUUCGAUGAACAGGAAAUCAAUGCCAAGCCAAUUGUGGUGGAUCAAGUCUUCUGCUUUACAUGCACAUAAUUUCAGAAUAGACUUUGGUGGGAAUUGGAAAGCCAGUUCUCCGAGGUUGGGGGAUAAGAUGAAUUGUGCUGCUCACUUGGAUAAUUCAAAUGAUUCGAAUCUCAGGUUGUUUAGAAUGAGGAAAAAUGGUAGUUCCCAGGAUUAUGAAGCUAAACUCAUGAUUGGAUCUAUUUCAUCCUAUUGCAUAUUCAGAUUAAUGCAGCCGAAUUUUGUAAAUCCAUUGAUAAAGAUGGUUCAAGAUUCAUUGCCCUCUUUGGAUUUGACUUUUAGAGUUACAAGCUCAUCUUUUGCUUGUAUAUCUAAUUCCUUGAAUAAAUCCAUACCUUCCUUUCAAGAUAUUCGGUGGAGCUUAGCACGUUUACUCUAUUUGUUUAACAUCCAACUUGAAAGAAAUGUGGCAGCGUUCUUUGUAGUGCUCCUUGGGGCUUGCUUCUCCUUUGUUGUCAUUGGUGGUUUACUAUUUUUCAAGCUUAGAGGAAGUGCACAUUCUCUGGAGGACUGCUUUUGGGAAGCUUGGGCAUGUCUAUGUUCAUCAUCUUCUCAUCUAAAGCAAAAAACACGCAUUGAACGUGUUAUUGGCUUUCUUCUUGCCAUCUGGGGCAUACUAUUCUACACUCGGUUAUUGAGUACAAUGACAGAGCAGUUCAGGACUAACAUGCAAAGGCUCAGGGAAGGCGCACAAAUGCAAGUACUUGAGGCAGAUCAUAUCAUUAUUUGUGGAGCAAACAGUAAACUGAAUUUCAUACUAAAGCAGCUAAAUAAGUAUCAUGAGUUUGCUGUUCGCUUAGGUACUGCUACAGCUAGGAAGCAGAGAAUUCUUCUUAUGUCUGAUCUUCCAAGGAAGCAGAUAGACAAGAUAGCUGACAAUUGUGCCAAAGAUCUUAACCACGUUGAUGUCCUCACUAAGAGUUGCAGCCUUAGCCUAACAAAAUCAUUUGAAAGAGCUGCAGCCAAUAAGGCACGUGCCAUAAUUAUAUUGCCGACAACAAAGGGGAGUCGGUAUGAAGUUGAUACCAAUGCAUUUCUAUCUGUGUUAGCUCUUCAACCUAUUACAAAGAUGGAAUCUGUCCCUACCAUUGUUGAGAUCUCAAACUCCAAUACAUGUGAGCUCUUAAAGUCAAUUUCUGGAGUGAAAGUAGAACCAGUGGAAAAUGUUGCAUCCAAAUUAUUUGUUCAGUGCUCUCGGCAAAAGGGGCUGAUAAAAAUCUACAGACAUUUGCUUAAUUAUCGAAAAAAUGUAUUUAAUCUUCGCAGUUUCCCUGAUAUGACAGGAAUUAAGUACAGGCAACUGAGACAUGGAUUUCAAGGGGUAGUUGUUUGUGGUCUUUACCGGAACGAAAAGAUAUAUUUCCACCCAAAUGAUGAUGAAAUCCUGCAGAAAAGUGAUAAAAUUUUGUUCAUUGGACCUGUUUAUCGAGGGACACCUGAAAUCGUAUGUUCUAUUAUUUUGAAAGAGGGAACUUCUUUGCAAAAUCUGAAAGUUGAAGAUGAUAACGAAGAUAUAAAUUACGCCAUAGAAUUGAGAAAAACACGACUAGAAAAUAUUGUAAAACGUCCCAAAAAAUCAGGGUCAAAGGCAUCAGAUUUAUCUCUUGGACCAAAAGAGUGCAUACUUUUACUUGGAUGGCGCCCAGAUGUUGUAGAAAUGAUUGAAGAAUAUGAUAAUUAUCUUGGACCUGGAAGCAUAUUGGAAAUUUUAUCAGAUGUACCAUUAGCUGACAGGAAAAGGGCAAGCCACAGUGCUGGUCAAGGCAAACUCAAAAAUGUAAAAGUUUCUCAUAGGAUUGGAAAUCCCAUGGAUUAUGAUACCUUAAAGGAAACCAUUAUCAACAUUGAAAAUUCUUACAAGAAAGGUGAAGACAUUCCCUUGUCAAUCGCUGUAUUAACAGAUAGAGAAUGGCUUCUUGGAGAUUCAUCCAGAGCAGAUAAGCAAUCCGUAUUCUGUCUUCUUCUUGCUGAAAACAUCUGCAAUAAACUUGGAGUGCAGGUACAAAAUCUAGUUGCAGAGAUUGUUGACUCAAAAUUAGGCAAACAGAUUACAAGAAUCAAGCCAUCGCUGACUUAUAUUGCAGCAGAGGAAAUAAUGAGCCUGGUCACAGCUCAAGUGGCAGAGAACAGUGAACUGAAUGAAGUGUGGAAAGACAUUCUGAAUGCAGAGGGGGAUGAAAUAUACAUUAAGGAUAUUAGCCUCUAUAUGAAGGAAGGGGAGACUCCUUCAUUCUUCGAGCUUUCUGAAAGGGCAUUUUUACGGCGAGAGGUUGCUAUAGGCUAUGUCAAAGAUAACAAAAAGGUUAUUAAUCCGAUUCCCAAGUCCAAACCCCUCUCACUUGGAAUGACAGACAAAUUAAUUGUUAUAUCUGAGCUUGAAGGAGAACAACCUAUCGUUUAUGAAGUGUAAACUUCAGUCAUCAUCUACCGUUUGUCGAAAGUUUUGACUGAACAACAGUUCUCUAAAACCAAGUCAUGGUAGUUUUGAGAUUUGUAGAUUUCUCACCAGAGGAACUACAGCUGAUAUAAUAUGAACAUCCACGCACAAUCACAAGACAUCGAACAAUGGAUUGUUUAGUAGCCCCAAAAUAAUGAUUAACUUGAGUAAUUUUGCAAA